UGUCCCAGUGUUGCACUUUUGCCACGAGCCCUAAAGCCUCCCACCUGCUUGGUGGGCUGGGCUGUGAAGAGGCAGCUCAGAGCAGGAGGCAGAGACGGCAGCGAGAGAGCGGCUCCGGAGCGCGGCGGAUGGCAAGCGGCUACGGCGUCGACUCCCACGGGCUCUGAACUCACGCCACCUCGGGUGCCGACAACUGCUGGGGUGCUGAGCGAGAAGCACGACCCGGGGAGGGGGGCAGUCAGAGAGCUGGGGCAGGGGGUCUCCUGCCUUCUGGCUGUAAGUGGAUGAAGAGGGCUGCAGGAGCGGGAAGGAAGACGUGCGGCAAGGGGAAAACUUUAGGGGGGUCGUCCAGCAAGCUAGCGGGAGCCCGGGGGGCUGAGUGACACACCAGCACGCCGAUGAGGAACACCCCCCAGCCAGGCUCCAGCCCAGGGUGUGUGGUCGAGUGAUCCAGCAGCAGGACGGCGGUAUGGUGGCCACUCUGGACCUCACAGCCCUGGGCCUGUUGGUGGUGCUGUUGGCGGCCACAGCCCCCCUAGGCAGGGCCUGUCCGCAGCGCUGUGACUGUGCUCCCCAGCAGAGGGCAGUGUCGUGCCAGCGACGUCGCCUGACAGCCGUGCCAGAGGGGAUCCCCACGGAGACACGAGUGCUGGACUUGAGUCGGAACCGGCUGCGCUGGAUGGAGUCCGGCGACUUGGCGCCGUACCCGCUGCUGGAGGAGCUGGACCUGAGUGAGAACACAAUUGCCACGCUGGAGCCGAAUGCUUUCGCGGGGUUGCGCUCACUGCGGGUGCUGAGGCUCCGUGCCAACCAGCUGCGCCUGGUGCCCGCCGGGGCAUUCCUGGGGCUGGCCAACCUGACCGUGCUGGAUCUGAGCGAGAACCACAUCGUCAUCCUGCUUGACUACACCUUCCAGGACUUGCGCAGCCUGCACCUGCUGGAAGUGGGUGACAACGACCUGGUCUACAUCUCUCACAAGGCCUUUGUGGGCCUGCUGGGGCUGCAGGACCUGCGCAUCGAGCGCUGCAACCUCACUUCUAUCUCGGGCCAGUCACUGUCCUACCUGCGCAACCUGGUCACUCUGCGACUGCGCUACCUCAACGUCGCCGCCCUUGAGGACCAGAACUUCCGCAAGCUGUCCAGCCUGCGGGGCCUGGAGAUCGACAACUGGCCCUCGCUGGAAUAUGUCUCCCCUCUCAGCUUCCAGGGCCUCAACCUGUCCUGGCUCUCUAUCACUAACACCAACCUCAGCUCUGUGCCCUCCGCCUCCUUCCGCAACCUGGCCCAUCUGACUUCCCUAAACCUCUCCUACAACCCCAUCUCCACCAUCGAGCCCUGGGCCUUCCGCGAGCUGCUGCGGCUGAAGGAGCUCCACCUAGUGGGCUCGGGGCUGUUGUCGGUGGAGCCACACGCGUUGGGCGGCCUGAGGCAGCUGCGCAUGCUCAACCUCUCAGGCAACGAGCUGGUGACCCUGGAGGAGCGCGCCUUCCACUCCGUCAACAGCCUGGAGACCCUGCGGGUGGACGGGAACCCGCUGGCCUGCGACUGCCGCCUGCUGUGGAUCCUGCAGCGCCGCAAGACUCUCAACUUCGACAGCAGGGUGCCGGUGUGCGCCGGACCGGCCGAGGUGCACGGCACCACGCUGGCCUCCUUCUCGGACUCGGCGCUCUUCGACCACUUCACCUGUCAGAAGCCGCGUAUCCGCAACCGCCGGCUGCAGCAGGUGACGGCUCGCGAAGGCCAGCCCGUGUCGUUCGCGUGCCGCGCCGAGGGUGACCCGGCGCCCACCAUCGUCUGGAUCUCGCCGCAGCGACGCCGCAUCACCGUCAAGAGUGGCGGCCGCAUGUCGGUGCUGCCCGGCGGCACACUGGAGAUCCGCUUCGCCCAGCUCACCGACAGUGGCACCUACAUCUGCAUCGCCAGCAACGCUGGCGGCAAUGACACCUACUUCGCCACGCUGACGGUGAAGAGCCACCCACUGGACUACGGCCUCGUCGCCAACCGUUCCUUCUACACCGCCGAUCUCAACGACACCAGCCUGAACGGCACGCGGGUCUUCCUGAAGUUCACGCUGGACCUCACCACCAUCCUGGUGUCCACCGCCAUGGGCUGCAUCACCUUCCUGGGGGUGGUGCUCUUCUGCUUCCUGCUGCUGUUCGUGUGGAGCCGCGGGCGCGGCCAGCGCAAGAACAACUUCACGGUGGAGUACUCCUUCCGGAAGACAGAGACCAAUACCACGGGCGGCACCCAAGGAGGGACGCGAAAGUUCAACAUGAAGAUGAUCUGAGGAGCUCGAUCCGCGCCAGCUCUGCAAACCCCUUUCUCAUCCAUGUUUUGGGACAGUCUGCAGGGCUGGUUUUACGGUUUGUGUGUCGGUUGGUGUGCAAGCAUUUCCUAUCCGCCUGUCUGAAUAGACUCUAGCACCUUGCAGAUUAGGCUAAGAACUCGUUUUUUUACAUUAAUAGUGUGCUUGUUAUCAUUCUCUUCAACAUUGUCACUGUCUGUCUUGAGAGCCACUUUUCCCAUCUGGAUGGGCUACCAUCGAUAAUCCUUCACGCGCCCCCUUCUGGACUGAAGAAGAAAAGGCAGAAGUGUGACCUUUUUAUUUUAGCAGUCGCCCGAAUCCGUGGUCUGCAGUGAUCAGAGCGUCUGUGCCCUGUGAGACCCUCAUGCCCUGUGGUCUCUCCUGAAAUCACACCACUGCCAUUAGCGGGCACUAAUGCAUUAAUAAAGGCUCGGGAAAGUAAUAAAAAGAAUUCUUUAAAAAUAGCCUUUUCAUUAGAAGACAUCUGUUUAAAUAUAAAUUUUUUCUUAUAUAAAGAAUACCUUGCUUUAUAUGUUACAUGAAACUGAUGUAUUAUCUUGUCCCUCUACAAAAUUAAUCUGCAAUUAUUAUUCUUACAGUUUCAGUUGCCCUUUCUUGAGGUGGGGAAAGUCAAAGUAAAUAGCAAUGCCCCCCCCAGUCAGAUAUAUGUUCAGCCACUGCCCCCUGGUGGCAGUUCAGGAGACUGCCUCAUGGCUUUUGUGGUCCUCAAGGCUGGAUCCCGUACAGUAAUAAACAUGAAUUCUACUGUGAAAACAGCAGGAUUAAACCUGCUGCACCACAUUCUUAGCUACGAACUCUGCCGCUGUCCAUCCAUGCUGUUCACCCGGCUGUCCAUCUAGCUCAGCCUAAGCACAUUCAGUUUUGCUGUUCUUGUGGUUCGAACCGUUCUGAAAAUUGAGAAGUCACACGUUUCCACCCCCUACGUUUCAGAAGUGAUAUCCAUAAAAGAUGGAAUUUCGUGUCUAUUUCUAAUAAGCAUACGUGUGCAGCUCAGAGAUGACGCUGCUUGGACAGGAGGGCAGACUUCACUAUGCAUGCCUUUAAAUCCUGAUCUUGCCAAACACACGUGUGCUGUGGCCCUUUGGCCAGGCUCAGGCUGCCAUUGAGAGCCAGCAGCAGCCAGUCUGGGUAACAAAGCCAGGCAAUAAGACCUUCAUCUGUGCAGCAUCUCUGUUUUUUUACACCCAAAGUUUUAUACAGAACAAUAAUAAGAAUAAUUCCCAGUGUCCCAGGGACUGCUGGCUCAUUUUUCAUUUUUAUCGCGAUCGCAAACUGACCUUUGUACAGAGGAAUCCUUCCUGGUGUUUUGUGAUUCCUGCUCUCCUUUCGAUGGCUUUUCUUUUAUGAAUCUCGAAGCAGCUUUUAUUUCUAGUGUCUUGCAGAGUGAUGUGGGAAGGUUUGGCUCGGAAUGGGCCGGGCCCCUUCCUGGGUCCCCAAAACGGUUGGACAAGAAGGUGCCAGGAACGCACGAAAGCCCCCUGUGCACCAAACCUGCCCAGCUCCCCGUGAAGCAUGUCCUGCCCUACAGUCACGCCUUUCUGGUGCUGUCCACCAGGGGGCGCCUGUCUCACACUUCUGCCAGUUGUCUGCAGGGUCCCCCUUUAUUUGGUAGCUUUGUAUGUUGAAUUAUGUCGUUCAUCCUGCCGAUCAGGAUGGACCUGAAAGACCUAGGAAAGGGUGACGUGGCCCCCCUGCACCCCGGCCUCCAGCUGGUUCUUAAUCAGAGCAGGUGUCUUAAAACCCAAAAGCCAGAGCCAGAUGAUACGGCUGAGGGCCAGAAAGUUCCACUGAGUGCCCCCUAAAGACCCGGUCCAUGGGUAACCGUGGUACCAGGAGGGGGAGGGGUACAGUUUCUUGCGCUCAAAGUAGACCAUGUAUAUAUAUAAAAAAACACAACCUUGAUGAUGGAGGUUGAGGACACAGACCUGAAUUCUGAAGGUUCCUGGCUGAACUUGGAGGAACAGUAAGAUACUUGCUAGAGGGGGAUCGAGUUCUGUGUCACGCAGUGUGAGCGCGGGUAUGUGGAGUGACAUUUUGUGCAUAAUGAAGUCUAUGCUUACAGUCAGUAAUGAAAAACGUGGUCAGUAGGAUUGGAGAUCCAUUUUGGGUUUUAUCAAAAAAAAAAAAAAGCACUGAAACUGCAGUUUUCUGGAAUGUUCUGAUCCACACAUGGGCAAACCCAGUUCUCAGCCCACUCCCCAAUUUUAUUUUACUCCGAGAGGACAGGGGUAUGUUUGUAGUACGUUUUGAAUAUUUUUAUUCCUGUUUGUUUUAUACACUGUUUGUCUUGUACGAGAAUGUCUUUGAUUUAUAAAAGCCUGUGACGCC